UUACCUAAUGAAACUGAAGGUUAAUUGCUGUGGUAAUGAAGCUAACGAUCAUUUGGACGUUUAUAUAAAUGACUGUUCUCACGAUCAGCUGUUGCAUUGUUAAAUUGCUCGUGUACUGGAUUAUAGAAAUGUAUAUAUUAAACGUGAACAACACUGAUAUGAGACUAUAGAUUUCCUGCUUAAACAUAGUUGAUAGAAAAUAAACUGUCAUGAAGAUGUACGCUCUUUUGAUAUUUGCGAUCUGCAUUGGAAGCUGUGCAUCGGUUUUCGAACCUGGAAGAUUGAAUUGUCUUCCACCUGCUCGCUAUAGAAUGGGAGCUUGCCUGAACACUGAUCCGUGCUGUAUUGUGUCCCCGGUGUUUGUAAAUGGCUGCUUUCAAGGCUGUCAGGUGGCAUGUCAUAAUUCUAUAUUUUGCGAAAGGACAUGUCCAGUUUUGACAAGGUUCGAUAUCGAGAAAUGUGUCAAUUCCGAUCCCUUCUGCUAUGUUAAAAAAAUAACGGAAGAGACAAGAGGCAGAGUGUGUUUUAGAGGUUGCAUGAUGGCCUGUCAGUAAGCUCUAAUUAGAAUCCGAGGAUUCUUA